AUCUCAUCCUCAUCUCAUCUCAUCAGCGUGAAACCAUUUCCAUUGCUCACAUUCACAUUCUCAGCAUCAUCAGCAUGAUGCUCACGCCAAUCAUCGUGUCAUGCAUCAUCGUCAUCAAUGCGCGAAGUUCUCCUGAGAAAAUUCGUCCGUAAAAGCUCGAGAGCGCUGGAGAGCGAAUUGGCAACAGUGGUUGCAACCUUUCCGGUGGUUACCGAUCCGACGCUCGUGCGUCAGUUUGUCAGCUCAGUUCGGUGCGUUCGGUAGCUCCCGAUGAAGAAAAAAAGCAACAAGAUAGCAACACCCGGUCUAAGCUAUUCCCUUCCAGACAGCUAUCGGCUUAUCGGCUUCCAAUAAAACAUUGGCCGUCAAAGUGCCCGCGAGUGGAGUGCAAAAGGAGUGUUUUUUGUUUCCUUUCCUAGUUGUGAGUGUAUCUGUGUGUUGCAAUGUGUGCCAGUGUGUGCGUGUGAUGGGUUUGGUAUGGUGAAGAAGGGAAAAUAAGGAAAAAGCGCGGCGUGACACGACACUUCGUGCCCGACGUGCUAACGACGAAAAUAUACGCUUUUUCGGGUAAGCUCCGUUGACAGACGAACACACGGUCACAGCACUUUGUGUUUCCGUUUGCUGCACGCAGCAAAACGGCACGUACCGGGUUUGUUGGGUUGCAAAAGUUUGGCUGCGAAAGUUAAUAGUAGUCGCCAAGGAUCACAACCGUCUGCGUACCGGUGUAGCCGCUUCACGUCAAACUAUCAUCACCUGUAAGGGUACCGUUGUCAAGGUUCGACCGAUGAACCGAAACCCAUCCAACCGAUAGCAAGUGCAUCCGCCAUCGAUCGGCCGGUCGGUUGCUCGUAGGUAGCGCACGUUUCGGAACGCACCCGAUGGCAGACGCUAGUGGACGCGCCUUAUAGUAGUCGAGCGGACGGCGUUACGCGCACCAUUCGCAACCAAUGGAUUUCCAUAAAGCACCACCACCCCGGCCACCAAGCCUGACGGCCACCCUCUCCAAGGCGAACGACGUGUACGAUUAUAUAUUCAUCGACAGCGGUAGUCCCGAUUCGUACCUGAGUGCCGACGUCGGCAGCAUCGGUAAUGAAACGUUCUUCAACGAGUCUGCAAAUGCGUUCGCCAACACCACCGACCUCGGGCUGGUUCCGGCCGUCUUCAACGGUACCGCCGACGAACCGCUGGCCGACGUGAUCGUGAUGGCGAUCACCUCGCUCGUACUAGGAUUGAUGAUUUUAGUCACCGUGAUAGGAAACGUUUUCGUAAUAGCUGCCAUCAUUUUAGAGCGUAAUUUACAAAAUGUAGCUAAUUAUCUGGUCGCAUCGUUGGCCGUCGCCGAUCUGUUCGUGGCGUGUCUGGUGAUGCCACUCGGUGCCGUGUACGAGAUAAGUCGCGGUUGGAUCCUUGGUCCAGAGCUGUGUGAUAUAUGGACGUCGUGUGAUGUACUCUGUUGCACAGCAUCCAUCCUUCAUCUAGUAGCGAUAGCAACUGAUAGGUACUGGGCGGUGACUAACAUCGACUACAUACACUCCCGCACUAGCCGCCGUGUCUUUACGAUGAUCUUUCUCGUUUGGUUUGCGUCCGUCAUCGUAUCGCUGGCACCCCAGUUUGGCUGGAAGGAUCCAGAGUACCUACAACGAAUAGAGGAGAAAAAGUGCAUGGUUUCGCAGAACAUUGCUUACCAGGUGUUUGCCACGUGCUGUACGUUUUACGUUCCUCUCUUUGUUAUCCUAGUGCUGUAUUGGAAAAUUUAUCAAACUGCCAGACGGCGGAUACACCGUCGGGGGCCAAAAAUACCAGCCACACCGAACAGCAGCAAUCAGGAGGAAACACCAAAGCCAAAGUCGAAGAUACGAUUUCACCUGAAGAAAAAGUUCACCAAUCCCACCAAGUCGGCCGUUUCAUCGCUCGGGCUAGUAGAAGGCAAUUCGACCAACACGGUCAACACCGUGGAGGAUACGGAGGAUAGUACGAACGCGACCGAACGGAAAGGUCUCGAAACGACGUUCAGUGGCGAUGAGGGCAACAACACACCGGUGGGUAACAAUCAAAUACCGACGGUGUCGUACGAGGUCACGCAUCAGCAGCUAGCGCAGGCAGCCGGUGGUUCGGAAUCGAAUAAUAACAACCCUCGACCGAACCUGGCCGCCGGCAAAACCAGCCCCAGUGGAAACGGUGGCACACCACUGCCGAUAGCUCAACCGAACCAGCUGGCCACUACGCCGUUGCUACCGCACCAUCAGCACCAGCCCCAAACGCCCCGGGCACUGCACCCGGAACUACCGGGCCACCAUCACAAUCAAGCAUCGAAGCAACCGCCCACCGUUGGCCAUCUGAUGGCAACGCCGACCGGUGGGCUGCAGGGUGGCGUAACAGGCGGUGGUUCCACACUGAACAUCUCCUCCACACCGAACCCCCACGCCCAGGUAUCGAAGCGCAAGGAAACGCUCGAGGCGAAGCGUGAACGCAAGGCGGCCAAAACGCUCGCCAUCAUUACGGGGGCGUUCGUCGUGUGUUGGUUGCCAUUCUUUCUGACCGCGCUGCUGCUGCCACUGUGCGAAAGCUGCUCGAUCAACGAUACGGUCGCGUCACUGUUUCUCUGGCUCGGCUACUUCAACUCCACGCUCAAUCCCGUCAUCUACACCAUCUUCAGCCCGGAGUUCCGGCAGGCUUUUAAGCGAAUCCUGUUCGGUAGCCAUCGAUCCACCAACUACAGGCGGGGCCAACUUUAAAGCCGAUGAACAACGGUUCCGGUUGUGCACAGGGGGGGUAAGUACGCUUCCAUCGACAAACACGCGUUUUAACGAGCACGUACAUUUUCUAGAUGGCAUUCAAGCAGAUAGACGUGUUUUGCUUUGUAGUCGGCCAUAAUCGUUAGUGAUGGUAUUUUCAGAGAGAGAGAGAGAGAGAGAGAUUCACCCAAUCCGGAGCGGCUCUUUGCUGGUACUUGAUUUUUGGAGCAUUUGGAAGAUUCACGGAAUGCAAUUAGCAAUGAAACAGAAUUUUUGCAAAUCCAAUCAUAUUUCACUUGUUGCGUUAGAGGAUUUGGGAUAUUCAUACGAUUUUUGUUUUUGCUUUAAGGUGAUAAGGAAUCGCGAGUUGAAUUGCGGAAUCCUGAUUUCCAGAUUAUAAUCCCUUGUUGUGCUUAGUGGCAUUACAAUUUCAGAUAUCUUUGAUGCUCAGUCGUCCUCAUACAGCAUUUUCAAAUUUCAGGAUCUCGUUCGAAAUGUAAUUGAUGCUUUAUUAAAUUUUCACAAUUUAAGAAAGAUUUACAAAAAAUCCAUACCGUACUUCACAUGUUUCACCACUUGCGAGGAAUUCAGAAAUUCUCCAAUACUUACAAUUUUUAGUAUUGCUCAAAAACUCCUUGCAAUUUCCUUGGAACCUGUAAAAAUAUUUCAAAUAAUUCAUUUAGCACCGAACACUCUCCCUUGAGGUAACCAUUUCUAUCACUUUGCGAAAGGAUGACCAAAAAUUCCAUUCCAUAAAAAUCAUCUCAACGGGAUAGAAACACACAGAAGAAUUGGAAAAUAAUUGACCAUUACGGGGUGCGGAACCCAAAACGGUAAUGAACCAUGAUCGAAGGUCCGAUUUCUAAGGAUUACCGAUUUAAAGAUAGCUGAUUUCAACGACCGGAACCUUUGGAUUGAAUUACAUGAAAACACUUUUAUCCCUUCGUUGCUAAUUGUUUCACACGCUUUAGAAGAAAAAUUUACUAUUACAUAGCAAUUUUUCUUUUAAACCAAAGUGAUUCUGAAUGAUUUACUUUCUACGCUAUAUUUCCAUCGUUGUUUGUUUGAUCGUUUUUUAUGAAAGAAAAAUGUAUAUAAAUAUAUAUACGGAAGGAAAGAAAAACAUUUAUAAUCUUUGAUUUUCCGUUUGACCUUUACGAACAAUCAAACAGGAAGAAAGAUAAAGCCAUUUUUUAUAUCGAUCAAAAUCUCAACCAUUCUUGACGCGCGAGCUCAGAUUGCAAAAAUUAAUCCGUCUCUUUACAUUUCUAAAAAGCACUCCAAGCUUUCGAUGCUGUAAAACUGUAAGCAAAACAUUCACCAAAAAAAAAAAAAAUAAAUAAACCAUCUUCAAACAGCAUCGAAAUUCCUUUGCUGAUUCUUGCAGCGAGCUGGUGAGUUUCCAUUCCCUAGCAUCGCUCAUUAACUCUCAGCGGGUCACCACACCGGACGUAAACUGGUGGCCCUGAUUAGUAGCUCAUAAAAGCGGUCCCGAACCCGAUCCCCGGGGUGGUUCCGCUUUAACCUCCCGGUUCGCUAAAAAAGGGCACCCGGGGUACUUGUGAAAGGGGAUUUUGCUUUUUCAUUCCGUAUGCCCUAAGGGCAAAAAAUUAAUUACACCAGCGCCUGAGAUCGUAUCCGUAUCCGUCGCCCGGUAUAAGAUUGUUGACUGUUUCUCGUGUCCGCACGUUUCCCUCGGCUGCUGGAUCCAAAUAGGAUGGUUGAUAGGACGCUCGAAUUGCGAAAGAUUUGAAAGGGUAAAAAGAAGAAAAUGGAGGAAAAUAAGGAACGGAAAACAUCAGAUAUGCUACGCAACUUGUUUCGAUCGGAUGGAAGAAAAUCUAAAAGAAGAACAAGCAUCCAAUAAAGGCUAAGCGAUGUUGAAAGGAUAGCAGUCAGUGCGGCGGCAUCAUAACACAAAAAAAAAAUAACACACGUCCCAACCUUUACAAAACCUUCCCCACUUCGCAGCCGAACGAAGGGAUGUUUUUCAUAACACAAAGGACACGGAAGGAUGGUUCUGGAAGAAUACUUCACCCGGCCCCGGGAGCAAACUAUUCAAAACGAUAUUGCCAUAGAAUGCGGCCGAUCCGAUGGCACAAGCAUUGCUGUCUUUCUUCCAAACGCCACAAACGGACCUUUUGCACGAACUGCAUCGGGAUGGAAUUGUUUCCUUUUUGCUUUUCCAUUUUCCCCUCGUACCCG